AUGGACCGUAUCCUCCAUGGCCAGAGCGUAAUCGGAAAGACGUCGAAAACCACUCAAGUUGAUGUUUUACGCUUCACGGACAAGGACCUAGACGUUGUGGGCACACUGGAGUACGGCCAGUACGGUGUUAUUGACGUUGUGACUUGCCGGCUGGAUGGCCGAGUCUAUGUACGCAAGUCAACAGAGAAACGGUUCGCCCUCAAAACACACGAUGCAUCCCAAUGCUCCCCGCAAUUUGAGCGAGACAUUCUUCUGCAAGCACGCAAAACGAGGACCGAGUGGGCACCGUAUCUCUUGUGCGCAUUUCAAACCCCCACGCAUCUGAACCUCGUCAUGGAUUAUGCGGAGGGCGGGACGCUCUGGGACGUGCUCGAGUCUAGUCCGUACGACGGUAAGAUAUCGGAACCGGAUCUGCGCUGGUGGGCUCCCCAGAUAGUCAGUGCUAUACAUUGGUGCCACUCGCAGGGGUUCGUACAUCGAGAUAUCAAACCCCACAACUUUGUGCUCAAGCCUACUGCACAUCUCCUAUUGAUCGAUUUCGGCUCUGCUGCACCACUCCUUGCCACUCAAUCGGACGGCAGUCAGCGCGUCGCGAAGCACAACUGCUUGGUCCCCGUGGGUACUUGUGACUACAUCUCGCCAGAGAUUCUACAAGUGCACGAGGAAGUCCUCGUAGCUCUCGAGAUGUCCGAUGCCCAGACGUCGCUCAAUAGCUACGGCGAAGGAUAUGGUAGGGAGACGGACUGGUGGAGCAUGGGGGCGAUGCUGUACGAAAUGGCAUAUGGUGUCGCGCCGUUCUUUGCUAAGGAUAUACGCAAGACGUACAUGAAGAUUACUGACCAUCAUAGAAGUCUACGCUUUCCAUCCUCGUCUGUGAUAACACUUGAUUUUCAAGAUUUCGUGCGAAGAUUACUGACAGAUGCGGAAUUGCGUCUGGGCCGGGCGGCCAUAGACGAGAUUCAGCAGCACCCAUUCUUUGCAGGAGUCGAUUGGCUGCACCUCCAUGAAAAGACUCAGCCGGAUGACCUCCACACUCCUCAGUUCACUUACACCACCCCAGUAGCACCUGUAGAAGUGACAAACAUGAGCUCACCGCAGGACCCAUCCCAAUCACGACAUUUCGCUUUCUCCGCCCUCUUCCAGUCCUCUCCGCUGUCUAAUGCAGGUGUUUCCCUACAUCCAAGUUCAACGCCAUCUCAUGCGCAGACCCCGAGCCGUUCUAUCUUGCGCGACCAAUUUUCCACCACCUUCAUUGGGUUCUCCUGGGGUCCCCCAAAGGAUGUUUUCGACGUGCCAGCACAGGGGUUCUCGCCAUCGGAACCAGCCAGCGCAGAUGUUAACACCCCGCGUCCUCUGCACCGUCUCGGAGUACCUCCCACACCGUUCGGCCCUCCCAGCGCAGUACAGAGCACGCCCAUGGCCAGUAACCACUAUCCCUUCGCCACACCAAUUAGACCGAGCAUGCUCACGCCCUUCGGCACCCUCCCCCGUGCAAGCACCAUCCGUCGCACCGCACCUCGGCGCACCGUCUCCGACCGCGAGGCGCUCAAGCAGCUGGUCGACUGCGUCGGGCAGAGUGCACGCAAAAAGGUCCUCGAAAGUGGGCGUAAGCCCCGCGUGGUCGGCUCGCUCCCACGUUCGCGCACUGCGAGCGCGGCCGGCGGGUCUGCGCUGAAGGAGCUCCGCUUCGACACGUCCGUCGCGGUUGUGGGUGCCGCGGGUGCGGUGUCGUACAAGCCCGAUGCAGGCCCGUCGCAGUCUCAGUCGACGGCGGACGACACGUUCGGCACGUCGCUUCUAUCGCGCUCGGGGUCCGGCUCGGCGUCGAUAGCCUCGCAAGAGCUGCUCAUCCCCGACGUGAGCCUCUCCGACGUCGACUCGGAUAUCCCGCCAAGCCCCAGCCCGAGUCCGCGCCCUGGCUCGGCCCUGUCGAUGUUGUCGAAGCGGAGCCAGACGCCGACAGCGACGAGCUUUUAUCUGCCGCUGCUCCGGGUUGGCGGGUCGCGGAGCCACGAGGAUUCAAAACCAGCCUUGUCACCACUAGACAAGCCGCCCAGGACCGACACAGCCGCUCACGCGAGCAACGCAACAAGCUACGCAGCGAGUACGAGCCUGUCGUACGACAUGUUAGACGACUUCGAUCGUCGAUUUACCCUCCUCAUGCGAGAUAUCGCAGGUAUCGAACACCGUUUGGGUCAAGUAUCGAGUAGAGCGAAACGUUAG